AUGAGUGAACCAGAAGACGAAGGUGUCAAACGCACCAAGGUAUCUCGCGCAUGUGAUUAUUGCAAAAAACGAAAAUUUAAGUGCAGUGGUAAAUCUCCAUGCAACCUCUGCACCAAAAAGAAACUUGAGUGUGUGUUUAGUAUAAUCGAUAGACGAACUAUUCGCCGCAAGAACAAAAAGCGUAAAAUCAAAAAGGAAGUAGUGAAGCCAGUUAUUGACAACCAAACCUUAAAUUUGCUUACACAAAAGGCUAACAUCCCCCUGCAUUACCAACCCUUACUCAUAUUCCCCUUGCAUAACGGUAUCAACAACGCCAAUGAUAUAACCGGUGGUCAUAAAUUGAUGGUUAAACCAGAGGACCCUCCAAAACUAAUUUUUGAUUCUCAGGGAAAUUUGCGAUAUUUCGGUGAGACAUCGCCACUAUCUCUUUUAUUUGAAUGUCGUGCGAUCUUCAAGGACAAACUUGGUGAAUCAGAGUUCACAACACAAGGAACAUGUCCUAUAGUUGACGAACCAGAAGAAAGCGAGGAUGUGGUCGCGCCUCCGCCAUUACCCACCAGAGAAACAUUCAAUCGAAUAUUCGAAGUCUUUCUAAUAAACAUCAAUCAGGUAUGUUAUGUCUUUGAUACCAAUUACUUUACCAAGAACACAGUAGAGUUCGUAUAUGCUGAUCCAACCUGUGCUAAUUGCCCCAGAGACAAAAUCUCGUUGAUAAACUUGGUUAUCGGUGUAGGGUUGAAGUAUGCUGAACUUUGCCAAGACCCAAUUGUAGCCGAAUUCACGCACCUGGCUGCAAAUUAUAUGGAGUUUGGUUUGGACUUGGCUAAUCGCUACAUCAACAAGAAUAAGGUUUGGGUAAGUGAAGCUUAUUCUAUGGCAUACUAUUACUAUCAGGCUGUACAACAGCGCAAUACUGCUUGGCUUAUGUUGGGUACUGCUGUGCGUAACGCUCAAGCAUUGGGUCUUCACCGUAAAUUUAUCAAUGAUUCAUUUGAUGACCCAGGAUACCGUCGCCAUCGCCGGAAAUUAUUCAAGAGUUUAUAUGUGAACGAUUACAUCGUUUCACUUUUGCAUGGAAGACCAUUACACAUUGACGAUUACGACUAUGAUGAUUUUGACAAUGAAGAUAUUUUUGAAAUUGACCGUGAUGGAAACCAAAUCAAAUCGCAAAAACUUCUUUGCUUGAUUGAGACAACAAAGUUGUACAGAAUCACAGGAAAAAUCAUCAAGAAUUGCUACAGCCACAGCGACAAGAUGAAUGGAAUCAUUGCUGAAAAGUUGGCAAUUGAGCUAAAACUAUGGUCAGUCAAUUUGCCACCAUGUAUCCAAAUUGAUAAAGUGGUAGAAAACACCGAUAGCAGAACUCACCAUAGCAUUGAUACUAUACGCGAUGCAAAAAUCCCCUUGUUGCUUGUCCAUCUUUCUCAAUUAUACGCCAUUAUUUUACUUUGUCGCCCCUUUUUCAUGUAUAUAAUAGCAGUUAAAGCUGGAAAGAAGAAAGCUUCCAAGCGUAUGAAAUCCAUUGAAGAAAUCGCCAUUUGCAAUUUUGGAAAAGCUGCUGUCAAAUCAUCAAUCUUGGUGAUACAACUAGUUGACUACUACGUUGGUUACAUUCAAUUCUUACCCAUGAGGGUCGAAUCUUACGGGGUAGUCCAUGCCACAUUCAAUGCUGCGUUAAUAAUCGGAAUGUCAAUGUUAUACUACGAACUAAAUGGCAGCUAUGAUGAUCCCGACUACCUGCGGAUUAAUCUGAUGGGGUAUCUCAAUACGGCAAAACAGGUAUUUCAAUUUUAUAGUGACCGCAAUAUAAUGAGUCAACGGUUUUAUGACUCUAUUGAACUGAUGCAGCUGGCAUUAAUGGGUAAGUUUGGGUUUGACAUUCAUGGAAACGACAAGGAGGUGAAACAGGAAGUUAAACAGGAGGUGCUCAAAAAGUUCCCCAUGUUUAACUACGAUGAUUUUAUUGAUAAUUUUGGUGCGUUAUUGCCCAUGACGACCAUGGGGCAAUCGGUUGAUCAGUACUUGUCCGAAAGUUCAACUACACUGUCGUUGUUUGAAAAUUCUGUCAGUCAACCUUUGGAUAUGUUUAUGUAUGGUAUGGGAGAAAUAAAUAUAAACACUCUUGAGCGUUAG